GACGAGGGCACUUUGAUCUCGAAGAAUGUCGUCUAUCCUUGGUGUUCCAGCUCCCGUAAAUCAUGAUCCAAAUCCGUACUUUUCCGGUCUAUUAAGACAUCAUAGUUCAGAUUGUGUUACAGAGAGCGUUGGCUAUCGAACGACUCCUUACAACUCAAUAAACGUCUCAUCCACUCUUGAUGUGCCACAUAGCCCAUUAGUUUCACAUCCGCCAUCCAAAGAUCCCCUUCCGAUGUGUACUGGAUGCAGACGUAGCAUUUCAGACCAAUAUCUUUAUCGUAUUCAUGGUUUAACUUGGCAUGAAUCAUGUGCCAUUUGCUCAGUCUGUUCAGCAGAACUUGUAGAAGUAUGCUUUAUUGUUAACAAAAAUGAAUUACUCUGUCGUCGAGACUAUGAUCGCCUCUAUGCAACUAAGUGUACCAACUGUCGACAACCAAUGCGAAGUCAUGAAUUAUUUAUGCGAGCGAAGCACUCCACCUCAACAUCGAGAAACUCACCUAAUCCACCUACGUUAUCCUCUUCAAGUCAAGAGCUGAUUUUUCAUGUCUCCUGUUUUACAUGUAGCAUUUGUCAACAACCUAUAGCAGCUGGUGAAGCGUAUAUUAUUGAUCCAGUCAGUUGUCGGCCAAUUUGUCGUUCAGAUUUUCUUGCGAAACAACAACAUAAUCAUUAUCAGGAACAUCAUCAACAGAAUACACGUGCAUCUGCUAAUGUAUAUCCUGCUGAAAUAAACAAUCAGUCAUUAUCAUCAUCUACACUAUCGUCUUCAUCGUCAUCAGCUCGAAAUUGGCAACCAUAUCAAAACGAAAGAAGUGGUUGUUGUGAUGAACAAAUCCACCAGUCUUCAUCAAAUAUUUGUUUAUCUAGUCAACAAAAUGAAUGUGAUGAAGAUGAUAAUAUUGAGUUGAUGAGUGGCAAAAAUGAUUGGCCGCCAAAUCAGAAUCAUCUAGAUCAUAAUUAUCAAUCAUUAGGUAGUGGUGCGCGAUUCAGUCUCAUGAGUCGACGUAUGCGUACUUCACUUACUGAUGAACAGCGUUAUCGACUUCAAGAAGUUUAUGAAUUAAAUGUUCGUCCAUCAAAAAGUAUGCGAGAAACUUUAGCUUCUGAGUUGGGUGUACCUGUACGUGUUGUUCAAGUAUGGUUUCAAAACCAACGUGCACGUGAUAAGCGAGCCUCGACUUUCAGUCGUUUGUCUGGUGUCGAUAAACCAUCCAUUUCACUUGUUAAUAAUCCCCAUCAACUUGAAAGGCGUGAACUGCAUUUCCAAGAGCAACAAACCCAUCAUCAAAAUGAGCAGCAGUCCUCAGACUUAUGUCCUUUUACACCAUCCCCACGCACUUCUGUUGAAAGUGGUCCAUUCCCAGAAUUUGGUGGAUUCUCUACUGAAAGUUUAGUUCGAUAUAUCCCAGAAGAUAUACACACUGAUCAUUCAGACGUUGUACAACCGUGGAGAUCUGUAUCUCACGCUGUAUGGUUUGUUGAAAAUGGUAGUGAACACUCAACUGUUAGAUGAUAAUAAUGAUAUAAAUGUUUGUUGUCAUCAAUGAUAAUUUACAAUUUUGAUCUUCGUCAUCUUUAAACUGUGAAUUAUAAAGUUAUAAACUGUUGUGUUUUUUUUUUGUUUUGUUCAUCGUUUUAAUUUUGAUGUAAAUAUUUCUUAUUGAAUUAAUCAGUAUUAUGUAUAAGUGAUUAUCACUUUUAUUAUACAUUAGUAGAACUUUACAGAUUUCAUGUAUACACUUAUUUCUAUUCAUGUUUUUCUUUCAUUAUUCUCUCUUUGUAAAAUGAGAAAAUGCACAGACACAUAUAAAGAUGAAGUUAUCUGUGAUCACUUUCAAGGAAAUUAUUAAUUGGAUCACUUGAAGUAAAAUGAAUGUUUUCAUCGUAUUAUUUCGGUGACACGCAUUUUAAUUGUAACCAAAAAUACACUUUUAAGGUUUUAACUCCUUCUGCUUUUAUUAUUCGUAUUCUCUUCGUUUGUUCAUGUCAGAAAUUAUUUUACUUUCUUUGAUGAUAAUUGUUGCUAUAAGCAUUAUUAUUACUUUUUUAAAAAAAAAUAUUUUUACUCCUACUGCCACCUAAGAGUAUGUCUGUUCUAAUGCAGAGAACUGAAGUAUUCGAUUGACUCGUGUGUAUAUUGAAUUUCUUAGUGUUGUUAUUACUAUACUUACUCUGUGUAUGUAUAUUUCAGGUUCUACUUCAUUUAACUAUUCAUAGGUUAAAAAGAAAAAAGCGAUAAACCACUGUUUUUCCGUUUUGUUCGUUGAUUUAAAAACACCUAGGUAAUUUUUGUUUUACCUUUGGUAAAAACGAAUUUCUGUGCUUUAAAAAAAAAAAAUUAUCUUGCCACGUAUACUAGCUUUCUUCUUGUGCGUAAUGCUUCUCAAUUUCUUUCUUUACUCAAGAAAAGUGAUAUUGCAUUUGUCUCUUGGUUACGCACAUAUAUAUACACACUUUUCUAAAGUUUCCAUUUAUUCAUUUCUGUGUAUAGUUGUGUGUCCAUGGGGGGGGUUCUUACCUCCUCUUCCACUGUUUUCCUCUUGCUUUUGUUGUCUAUCUAGUAGUAAUAUUUUAUGAGACGAUUUUUUGUUUUCAAAAUUAUCAUCAUGCUUACUCUUGCCACUGCCAAUGCUAUUAUGAUUAUGAUUAUUAUUAUUAUUUAACAAUAUUCAUCUAGUGUAAUGUCUGUUACAAUAAAAAAAAACCUUGAAUUGAAGUAUAAUCAGUCGACUGAUGCCUAUAAAAACUGUUUAGAAUUCUGAAUUGUAUGUUGGUUCCUUUUCUUUUCUUUGUUUCGCGAUGUAUCCUCUCAAUCAAUAAAUGUUUUAUUAAUAAUGUUGAAAUGAACAUUAGUAGUAGUGUUUGUGUACAAUUGUAUUAUGAUUCUUCUAACUUACGUUUAUAUCAUUUAUUGUUAUCAGUAUUAUUGUUAAUGAUUAUUAUUAUCAUCAUCAUCAUGUUGUCUUUUCGUUAGAUUGUUGUCGAUAUUGCCGUUGUAUUAUUAUUGUACUCUCCAUUGUUUCUCAUCUACAUUCUUUUCUGAAGAUGUUAAUGUAUGCAAAGCUGUGUACUUGUUUGUAUUUACUCACAGUCUACUAAUGUAUUUUAAACCUUUGUUGAAAUACAUCAACCAGCCACUUUUUCUUCGAUAACAGAGACUGAAAGAAAUUCAUCUAUACGGGAUCUCAUUUUGCAUAUUGUUUAUUACCGGCACAUUUUUAUGGCUUUAUAAUGCUUAUAAUUAUUAUUGUUACGGUUAUUAUUAUCAUUAUUAUUACUGUUGUUACUAUUUUUUCCUUUUUGUUUUCUUUACGCGCCUUGUGUACAUGACAGAAAUAUGAACUAAUUGCCUAAAUUAACAUUAUUUUAGUCUUUUAAUCUCACUAGAAAUGAUUGAGUUAUU